AAAAAAACUCCAGCCACAAAACUGCACCAUGCGCCUCCACUCAUUGGGUUUGGAUUAAUCACCGGGAAGACGAUAAUACUGGCAUUUUAUGGAUUUUAGACAGUUUCUGAAAAAAUAGAAACUCACACACGAUGUGUUUAGUUUGUUUACUCGCUUUUAAGGACAACCACUGCCUCAGUUUGGCUCCUGUUAUGACGCUUCUCAACUACACAGAUGGACUAGGAGAGCUAGCCGCCAUGGAGGUAUAAAUCCAAACAGGACAUCUUUUCUUGGAUUUUGCGGGAGCUUUUCAAUGUGGGCGUUUAUGGACAGCAACAUUUCCAUUGAAGUUGAAUGAUGGCAUCACGUUGGGCUCCCACUUUUGAAGAAGAUGAGCGGGAACAAGCAAGGUCUUCGUUUUGUGAGAAUGACUCUGCAGAGAGGCGAAGUUUGGCUGACUGUCCUGCAGUGCAGUACUCCACAGAAGAGGAGCCGUUCGCUUGGCCCAGGCCCAAAACCGUGCGCUUACGGCGCACAUCCCUGGGGUUUGGGUUCACUUUGCGGCAUUUCAUCGUGUACCCACCAGAGUCGAGCCUGCACUGCUUCCCGGAAGAAGAUUGUGGGCGCAGAGGGAGGCAGAGAAAUAGGUUAGAACCGAUGGACACUAUUUUUGUGAAACAAGUCAAGGAAGGGGGUCCUGCUCAUGAAGCUGGCCUUUGUACAGGUGAUCGAAUAGUGAAGGUGAAUGGAGCCAGCAUAAUCGGAAAAGCUUAUUCUGAGGUGAUAACUUUGAUCCAAGACAGUGGUGACGUUCUUGAGCUUUGUGUGAUGCCAAAAGAUGAGGACAUACUGCAACUGGCCUAUUCCCAGGAUGCCUACCUGCGUGGCUACAAUAGCUACAGUGGAAAUGCAAGUCACAUCCCUGACCCACCAGUGGUAUGCUACCCCAGAGUAGACUGUAAGCCCACGGGCAUGGCCCAGGUGACAGACUCAUCGGGGCAGGUCUGCCGGGGUCCAGCAGCAUCUCUUGAUUAUGGGUAUCGUAAGGAAAUCACCGUGCCCCCAUCUCCUCCUCGCCAAUAUUCCAAAAGCCAAACAGCGGUGUGCAUGCGCAAUGACAGCGUUAGGACUAUGGUGGUUUCUCCCAACUCGGCACACAUGGGACGGGUGGUUUCGGCACAGAGGGUUGAUUUCAUGGAUCCUGUCUAUGUUAGGGGAAGACCGGGGUCUCUGGCCCAGUAUCCUUUCCCUCGAAAGGCCGAUGUCUAUCCCAGUGGUCCGGGAAUGGUUCCCUUUGCAGGUCAAGCACCUAACUACCCAGGCAACCAUCAAAACAUUGAUUGGCGCACUUACCAGACAUACAGGGAAUACAUUGACAACAAAGGUAUCCAUUCCCAUGGUAGUCGGACAAUUCAGGAAAGGUUGGACAAUUUGCGAACUGCAGGUCAGCCCUCCUUUCCAGCUGCUUCUCACAUUCCCAGAGGAGACUGGGUUCCUCAAGGAAUACGGCGCAGGAGUACCUCCCAUGAACGGUCAUACCACGGACCUCCACCCCAUUUUCAGGUGGCCCCUCGCAGCGCUUCACAGGACCGGAUGAGGAAUUCAGAGAAAAUAAGCAAUCCAAGGAACUGGCCUCCUCGAAGUGUGUCUCAAGAUGCCCUGGCUCUGAAAGCUCGAUCUCAUUCCAUAGACUAUGUUGAACCUGUUGAGCUGGCUCGGCCCACUGAGAGGAGAGCAGGGUAUGCAAGGGCAGACCAAGGUACAAGACCCAGCCGGCAAGCGAUGCCCAGAAACGCUGUGCCCUUCAGGCCUUCGGCUGGGUACAGCGGUGGUAUGAGAGGAGCACCAAACCCUUCUUUUUUCUCUAAAGGUCCAGAUUCCCUUCAGACUCGCUCCUCACCAAUCCUGUCUGCCAUGCUUUUUGGGAAAAGCACUGAACAUUCUUUUAUCGACCAAAGAGUUUCAGUCCCAGCACACCAUCUAGGCCACACUAGCCAACCAGGUCAGAACAGGAUGCGGUCAGAAACCAUACAGAUCUCUGAGGCAGGCAGAGACGCAACAGUAGUUGGAAUCAGGUCUUCGUCAUGCUCUGCUACAAGAGAGAUCCCUCAGAGGCCUGGCAUCCUCAAAACAGCCCACCAAGAUUCUCAAAGUCAAGUAAACUGUCAAAGCCCCUCAGAACCUGCAGUGGUUAUGAGGGAGAAACCUCACGGUGGAAAGAACCCCAGCCCACUGCGGCACCCCUCAUACAUCCUGGCUGUGAAUGAUGAAGGAGCGGACUCUACAGCAGAUGUGGCGGCUUGCUGGCUUCCAAAUGAUACACGGCGAGAGAUACACAUGCGCCGCCUUGAGGAGCAACGUCACAACUCCUGCUCCAGCAACCUGGACGAGUCCCUGGACGCCAUUCCAUUCAUCGAUGAGCCAGUCAGCCCCAGUGUUGACCGAGAGGCUGCUCCUAUCCCUCCCUCUGCUGUGAUAUCUGUUGCACCAUCCAUAGCGACAGCACCCUCCAGCCAAGGCUCACCAUGUCCAACUAUUCAUCGACAGCUGUCACAUGACCAAGAGUCUAUGCGAAGUGCUUUGUUGGACUCAGACUCCGCUAGUAAAACAGAGCGAUCAAAGUCUUAUGACGAGGGUCUGGAUAACUAUCAAGAGGAGAGAAGAGGAUCUACAAGCAAGCAUAUGGCCAGUUUCAGAGGCCUGAGAAAGACACUGGAUGGGCAUAAACCCACUGGGGACUCUGGAUCUCGUAGAGAGUCUUCUCUAGAUGUAUUUGCUGAUUCUUCCAAAGAAGGGCUUCUUAACUUCAGGCAACUUAGCACAGAAAAGAAUAAGCGUGUUGGUGGAGGCAUGAGAUCCUGGAAACAAAUGUAUGCUAUUUUACAAGGCCACACCCUGACCCUCUACAAAGAUAAGAAGGAUGCCCUGUCUCACGCCGCAUCCCAGUCUGAUGAGGACCCGCUCCGAAUUAGCAUCAAGGCCUGUCUGAUUGACAUCUCCUACAGCGAAACGAGACGCAAGAAUGUGCUGCGGUUAACCACCUCAGACUGCGAGUAUCUGUUCCAGGCAGAGGGGAGAGAAGACAUGCUCUCAUGGAUCAGGGUCAUCCAGGAAAACAGUAACCCGGAUGAGGAGAAUGGUUUUGUUACCAGCCAGGAUUUGAUCAGUAGAAAGAUAAAAGAAUACAACAUGAUGAGCGCUCCCAGCAGCAGAUCAGAGCCCUCCCCUAAGUCCUCCCGGCAGUCGCUCAGCAUCAAGCAAGCAUUCAUGGGAGGUAAAACAGAAAGCCGGAGCCACAGCUCCCAUUCGCCCAGAACGGGAGAGGAUCGAAGGGCGCUGAAAGAUGAAUCAAGUCCACCUCGAGACAGGGGAACUUGGAAAAUCGGCAUACCUGGGAUCAUGAAGAAACCGUUUGAAAAGAAGCAAGCCGGCAUCACUUUCGGUGUCCGUCUUGAAGAUUGUCCACCUGCUCAAACUAACAGGUUUGUUCCGCUGCUCGUGGAGGUGUGCUGUCAGGUCGUAGAGGAGCGAGGACUGGAGUACACUGGAAUCUACAGAGUUCCUGGAAACAACGCUGCCAUCUCCAGCAUGCAGGAGGAGCUCAACACCAAAGGCAUGGCUGACAUUGACAUCCAGGAAGAUAAAUGGAGGGACAUUAACGUGAUUAGCAGUUUAUUAAAGUCAUUCUUCCGAAAACUUCCAGAACCUCUAUUUACAAAUGAAAAGUAUGAUAAAUUUAUUGAAGCCAGCAGAACAGAAGAUUCAGUGGAGCGUUUAAAGGAGCUCAAGAGGCUGGUCUAUGAAUUGCCCACUCAUCACCUUGAAACUCUCAAAUUCCUUUGCGCUCACCUAAAAAAGGUUUCUGAUAACUGUGAACAGAAUAAGAUGGAGCCUCGCAACCUGGCAAUCGUAUUCGGUCCAACUCUGGUCAGAACGUCAGAGGACAACAUGACCGACAUGGUCAAUCACAUGCCAGACCAGUGCAAGAUUGUUGAGAACCUCGUCCAGCAGUUUGACUGGUUCUUUAUGGAAGAUGGCAGUGAAGAUCCAGUUACUGUCGUUGAGCAGGAGAGCACAGUGCAGUCUCAGCCUGUGCCCAAUAUAGGCCACCUGCUCACUAACAUCAGCCGGGUUCCUGCCCCUUCUGGUGAAGUCUCAGACACGGCAUGUCCUGACUCCAAUAAAUCCAAGGGCUUGUGGAUUUCAGGGAAUCAGUGUAGCAAAGAAAUGCUGCGGUCCUCAAUCUUUGCCAACCGGAAACGCAAAAAGAAUAAAGAAAAAUCUCAACUCAGCAGUUCAGACGAUGACCUGGACUCUGGUUUCAACAAAAAAGAGCUCCCAGAGGAGGGUCAGCGGCCUCUGUGGUCCCAGGUCAGCCGGGCGGAGGACAGCGGCCAGACGGACGAAGACGGCGAAAAAGACAAGCACAGGAACAGCUCAGAGGAAACCAUCAGGAAAGAAUCUGAUUCGGUUGCCUCCCUCCCUGGAGAGCACGUUCCCUCCGGCCAUCAGAUGCCUCCAUAUGCCUCUCCUUCCAGUUCCCCAAACCUCAACUACCGCAUGGCGGUAACUCAUCAGUCAUCUCUGUCAGAUCCGCCCUCCAACUACGACGACACCGUGUCGGACCUCGGUACGAUGAACAGCACCAGCUCUCAGGCCUCGGUGCCCAGAGUGAGGAGGAACAAAACCGCGGUCCUGGGUGCUGACGUGUGCCCCGGCAGACUGGGAGCCGAGGUCUGCUCCAUCACCUCGGAUUACUCCACCACGUCCUCCAUGACGUUCCUGACCGGAGCUGAGACCUGCACGCUCAGUCCCGAAGUGCAGUCUGUGUCCGAGAGCAGAGGGGGAGAAGACGCCGAUGACGAGAGGAGCGAGCUCAUCAGCGAGGGCCGGCCCGUGGAGACGGACAGCGAGAGCGACCUGUCUGUGUUCACCAUUGGGAAAGCGGAGAAGAGCGAACUUCCGGAGUCCACCCGACCACUCCCGUCGCACAGGCUCAUCGAGUGUGACACACUGUCCAGGAAAAAGUCCAGCAAGCAGAAAACUGAAAGCGAGACCUCCCUGGAUGACAAAGAUCCCAACAGGUUGUCGCAGGCUGUCGGUUCAGCAAAAGGUCGAUCCAGUGGGAGUCUUAGCUCGUCGUCACGGAGCGAGCUGGAUAAAAUGGAGCCAGCGUGGAAGUUGAAGAUAACCGACCGACUGAAGGUCCGCCUGCGAGUGUCCGUCGACGACAUGUUCGGCGUGGGCAGCCAGAGGAGCCGAUCUCCAGAGGGCCGCCGUAAGAAGAAGAACAUCAGGCGUAGACACACGAUGGGCGGGCAGAGAGACUUCGCAGAGCUGUCCAUUCUGGGGGACUGGUCGCAGCCGGUCAGCUCGCGCUCUGAUCUGUCAGCCGUAGAUCGGCUUAAGCCAAAGUGCAGCUCUCAGGACUUCUCCAUCGGGGAUUGGAUUGCCCGCGAGCGCCACCGCACCAGCAACCCGGAGGUCAGCCUGGACCUCUCAGAACAGCUUGGGGCGCUGUGCGGCUCAAACUCCCAGCACUCCGGUGCCUCGUCCUCCUCUGAGCUGGCGCGCGGCCCCGCUGAGGCGUUAAACGGAGAAAUCUCACAGAGCAAAAAUCUGAGCCUGUCAGCCACCGCUCACCCACACAAACUCACCAGUUCCCAGGUGGUCCAUUCGCGCUUCUACCAGUACCUGUGACAGGUGUGUGUGUGUGUGAAACGUAUUCCUGUCUCUAUAUUCUCUGUCACGUGACCAAUGUUGGUGAAUGAGCAUGUUUACAAACGUUGUCUGGAGUGUGUCUUUUACCAGGUGUGAGUGCGGUUAUAAAAACAGAUGAAUCAUUUAUCUAACCUCUGAACAAGGCAUGGAACAAAUGUUUAUAUCUUUUUAAUUUUCUCAUUUUUUUAAUGACAAAAUAAGUCAAAAAAAGGACCUGUUGCUCAUGAAGCGAUGAGCUAGUGAAGUAUGUUGAAGGAUGAGCGAACGCAGUAAGGUGCAGUUGAACGGAUAGAAGGAGGAUCCGACUUAGAAUAAUAGGAAGUAGUUUAAAAAAAAAAAAGUACAGAUUUUUAGUAUCGCAGAGGAACUAUUUUUGUGUUGAGAAAGUUACAAUGUUUAAAGUCAGCGAGGCUGUCGGUAACCAAAUGAAGAAUGUACAGACAUGCUUGCUGUAACACUGACUAAAAGCUUUACAUGCUUGUUUUCAUUCUAAAGUGUACAUAUUCUUAUUUUUCUGUGUACUUGAAGUGUGUUUUUGGUACAGCCUGUGUGCGACUGACUGCCUACGAGCUCUCUGCUGUCAAAGGGGCCUUUCCAAGGGUAUAAAGGUGACCAGAAGACACUGGACUUAUGCAAAUAGUUGAUACGGUUCAUGUUCAUUCCUGCUGUGUGGUUGAAAAAAAGCAGUAAACAUCCCUUCGAUCCACGUGUCAAGAUGUGCUUUUAGACUUGAUGGAUUUAAUGGUUCCUGCAUCCGUCAGUGAGCGGCAGCGGAAUGAAAUGAAAAGUUCUGAGGAUCAAUCAGGAACAGAAACGUUUAAUUACAAGAAGAAAGUGCCUCACAUUGAAAUGUUAAGGGUGCCAUGCUGUCUUUCUUGAAGAUGUUGCUGUGAAUGACUUUUUUUGUUGUUUUGUUUUUUUUGUUUUUUAUCAUCGACUCAGUCAUUCUGCUGGUAAAGAAAUAAUGCCGAGCUUCCAUUCUUUAGGCAUUCCACUCUGGUCUUAAAGUUUUAUACAUCCUCUCGUUUUCCAUCUCUUGGUUUUAACGGAACUUGAAUUUUAAAUGUUCAUUGUGAAAAUUAAGAAUGAGUAAUUUAAAUGUACAAUAAUGCCAUGUUUUAGCUGCUUUAUGUUGCAUCUCCAUCAGAUCACAGGAUUCAAGUGCAGUAUUGUAAAACGGUGAUGAUGGCGGGUGUUGUUGGCAGUUUGGUACUUCUCUGUGGAGAGAGGUUCACCGUGGGGAGACGGAGGAGGGAUCUUUCAUUGGGUGGGGUUAUUUGUAUGGAUAUGAUGUUCCUCAGAUUGUGAAGAAUGUGCACAGACUCCUGAAACACUGGAAAUAAAUUUUAUGGUAGAAAUUC